AUGAAGAGGAAUAAUGCAGUACACUCAAACCACUUCAAGAAGACUGCUUUGAGAAUAAAAACGUGGUUCAAGCAGCCGGCCAGGCACCAGAGGAGAAGCGAAUCCAGAAAGGCAAAGGCCCGUGCCUGUGCACCCAUGCCUACAGAGAAACUGCAACCAAUAGUCAGAUGUCCUACUAUUAGACAUAACAAAAAGAUCAGACUUGGACGGGGCUUUACUGCUGAAGAGUGUGCAGCAGCUGGGGUGGACUACAGAUACGCCAGAACAGUUGGUGUUGCAGUAGAUUUGAGAAGAAAGAACAACAAUGCGGAGGCAUUCAAUGCUAAUGUUGAGAGACUGAAGGAGUAUCUUGGAAAGAUAACUCUCUACAAAUCGUUCAAAGAGGCCAAGGAAGCUGGCGCCAAGCAGCACAUUGGAGUUAUCAUGCCAAUUGCACGUAAUGAGCCUAAGGUUUCCACAGUCAGUGCUUCUGAAGUAGCAUCUUUCAAUUAA